UGUCAGAGAAGUGGGUAAGUGAACCUGCAGGAUUGGACAGGUGCACUUACCGUUUUUAAACUAGGAACAGCAGUAAGAGCAACACCACUGAGAUUCACCAUCUAACAGUAUCGUAUGGCAGAUCAUCAGACCGAUGCCCCACCUCCCUACUACUCUGUCACAGGGCCAGCUCAACGCCCCCCUCCUUAUGCUCCCGCCAAUGGGGCCCAGGUGUGGCACACACCGCCAACCCAACCACAGUAUGUCCCGCGACCCGUGGCCACCCCGGUGGUCCUCACCCACGUAGCGCCUCCCCCAAGGAAGUUAUCCAGCCGGAGUCGUGGUUGUCGCUAUGGCAGCUCACUGUGCAUCACCUUAGCGCUCUCUCUGGUAGCCAUUGCCAUCUGGGUGGGAUUGAAGUAUGGACCAACAUGGCUGGAUAACCCUCCCACAGAGUCGACACCAGACACCUGCCCUGACGACACCGUGCUCUGCGAUGGCUCCAGCGACUGCUCGCGCGGGAGUGACGAGUCCGUCUGCGUGCGCUUUGGAAUAGGCGGCCAGCUGCAGGUCAAGACAUCUAGAACCACCGGUCAAUACCUUCCUGUCUGCUCUCAGGGCUGGAGCUCCAGCCUCACAGAUCUCAUCUGCUCUCAACUGGGCUUUAGAGGAAGCCACACCCAUGGGAGUAUGGCCUAUUUGAGUAGGCCUACUCUAUCAGCAACAGAUACGUCAUCUGAUCACAUACAGGGCAGGCUUACAGUCAGCCCCUCCUGCCCUGACCAACAGACUGUGACUCUAGAGUGUGUCAACUGUGGGCUGCCGCAGUCCUCCUCCAGGAUCAUAGGGGGCGGUGUAGCACAGCUGGGUCAGUGGCCCUGGCAGGUCAGUCUGCACCUGCAUGGUUUCCACACCUGUGGGGGGUCCCUCAUCUCCCCAGAUUAUGUGAUAACAGCAGCCCACUGCUUCUCCAGUUCCUCGGCCAAGUUAACCAGUAACUGGCGUGUUUACGUUGGCACUGUGUCUCAGCUGGCACUUCCAGCGCCCCACCUUGUGGAGAGGAUUGUCCUCCAUAAGGACUACAGCUCUGCGUCCAACGACUACGACAUAGCCCUGCUGAAGCUCAGCAGACCUGUGUCUACAUCUGAAAAUGUCCAGCCUGUGUGUCUACCGGCGUUUAGUCAGGUUUUUGCUACUGGAACGUUAUGCUGGACAACUGGGUUCGGAACUACAAUCCAGGGUGCAGUGAGCGGAUCCAACAGUCUGAUGGAGGUGUCCGUGGACAUCAUUUCCUCCCAUCAGUGCAACUCCAGGCAGGUUUAUGGAGGCCGCAUCACCAACAACAUGCUGUGUGCAGGAGACCUGGGAGGAGGGCGAGACUCCUGCCAGGGGGACAGUGGUGGUCCACUUGUAUGUAAAGGCGAAGACAGGUGGUAUCUGGCUGGUAUAACCAGCUGGGGAGAGGGCUGUGGACAGAGGAACAGGCCAGGGGUCUACACUAAAGUCAGCAGCCUUCUAACCUGGAUCUACAGCAACACACAGCAAGAGGCGCCUUGAUGAGUAUUUCCGGCAAGAGGAUGCUAUUGUGGGAAUGUAGCCCUUAUGAUUUUGUAAAUUCCUUUUAUCCAUAAUUUCAAUAUUUAAAUAAACAAUGCACAUUUUGUAA